CGCAACAAUAAAUCGCAAAGUAGAAUUUAUUCGACUUUAUUCUUGAAAAUAAUGUAACAAUAUCAAUUGGCGCGAACCGAAUAUGAUGAUUUCAUCUUUGAAAAUAAUUUUUCUCUCUAUCAUCAUCAGCUUGAUUCUAGUGGAGUUGACGGCAAGUAGAGUUGCAGGGUUUUGUGAUCCUGAAAUAUUGAGAAAUGGCAAUGACAAACGUUUGCAAUGCAAUUUCGAAAAAGGCCGGGCAAAUUAUAAUACAGGUGAUGUAGGGGAAUGCAAAUGUAAUGGACGUGAUUGCUACGAGUUGCCACACGCCAAUUUUGUGUGUGGCUCAGAUUCAAACUGGUAUUUUGAAGACAAUAAUUCAACUUCAGAUGCUUGGGGAGUUGAAUGCAAGGACGAAAACAGCUGCCCGCGGUGUUCAAUCCCUAAAACUGACUAUUCCAAUUGUUACAAAAGUAAAGAAAAGAGCAAAUAUGUUUGUAUUUGCAAACACGACAAAAGAGAAUACUCCUUGGAGUGCCUACACAGUGGAAAAAUGUAUAUAUGGAGCUCUAAAGCAGAUGUAAAAUGCGAAAAACUUAAAUUACCGCAUUAUAAUACUUCCAUGGAUGGGACCACAAAGGAAUUCAUUAUUUCAACCUCAGGUACAACUCGACAACCUUCUAAGGCCACGGAAAGUGUAAUUGAACCCAAUCAAAAUCAAAACAUGACUACACAAAUGUCGCAACCAGAAGACCAAAUUACAGAACGGUUUAAUAAUAUUUCAUCAAACGAGACGACACAAGCACCUCUAACCUUAAGCACAACUGAAUACCCUACAACGGCCGAAAAAAGUACAACUACUUCGAUCGAACCAAAUCAACCAACUUCAGCACCACCAGAAAACGAAAAGAAAGAAUGGUACGUGGAUUCAACCUACAUCAUACUUGGUUCAAUUUUGGUGUUCAUUGCAUUAUGUGCUGUUGCCUUUGCUAUUUUUGUGAUGAUCAAACGUAGAAGGCCUGCUCGACCUAUUAUAUUGUAAUUACUCGAGAAUAAUAAUAGUUUAACUAGAACUUGAUCUAGAGGACAAUUUGGACAAAUCUUCAUAAAAUCAUGUUGAAUUGCGUGACAUAUAGUAAAAAUUUAUAAAAAAAAACUGCCUUUUUCCUUUUUUAACUGAACAUUAUUUUAAAUUUUGACUUCACGAUAUUCUACCCGGAACAUAAAACAAGGAUCCAAAAGUGGGGACAUAUUUAUGACGUGGAGAUAACUUGUACAAAAGCACAGUCAUACUGAAUCGCAAAAAAAAACCCACAAAAUAUAAACACAAGAUCAAGCAGUCAAACGAGGUCCAACACUUUGUUCUUAAAAAUAAUGUAACCAUUUCAAUUGGUGCGCCCAUAAUAUGAUCAUCAAUAAUGAUUUCAAUUUCUGAAAACAUUAUUCUAUUGACCUGCAUCAUCAGCUUGAUUCUUGAGGUGUGGACUGCAAGUUCAGCUGAAGGGUCUUGUGAUUCUCAAAGUGUUUUGAAGCAUAAAUAUUCACAAUUAGAAUGUGAUUUUGCAAAAGACACACAUUAUGAUCAAGAUCAUUUAGCAAAAUGCAAAUGUAAAGGAAGUGAGUGCUAUACAACGUUGCCACAUGCAAAUUUACUAUGUGGCUCAGAUUCAAACUGGUAUUUGGCAAAUAACGAUGAAACUUCAGUUUUUUGGGGAGUUGAAUGCGGAUAUGAGAAUAGCUGCCCGCGGUGUUUCAUCCCUAAAGCUGAUUUUUCCAAAUGUUACAAGAGAAAUGAUUAUGCGAGCGAAUAUGUUUGUGUUUGCAACCACAACAAAAUAAAAUACAUCUUGGAGUGCCAUUACAAUACACUUUAUGAAUGGAGUACUAAAGCACACGAAAAAUGCGGUAAUAAAAAUCACCUCAAUUAAUACCGAAUAAUAAUAUUUCAACGAAUGAGACAACAAAUGCAGCCAUUAUUUCAACCUCAAGCACAACUCUCCAAUCUCAAAUGGUCCAAAAAAAUGUGAGCGAACCCAAUCAAAAGAUUUCUACAGCACAUCCGGCAGAAAACAAAACGUAUAAUUAUAUUUUCACGAACGAGACGUCAACAGCACCUUCAACGUUAAGCACAACUCAAUACCGUGCAACGACCAAAGGAAGAAAGAAUGAACCAGAUCAAACGACUUCAACACCACCACCAAACGUAAAGAAAGAAUGGUUCGAGGAGACAAUUACAUACAUCAUACUUGGUUCAAUUGUGGCGUUGAUUGCAUUUUGUGCUAUUGCCUUUGCUAUUUUUGUGAUGAUCAAACGUAGAAGGCCUGCUCGACCUAUUAUAUUGUAAUUACUCAAGAAUAGCAAUAUUUUAAUUAACGCCCAAUUAGGGAAAAUGUGAGCAAAUUUUCCUUUGAUAUGUCAAAUUAAUAAUAUAGUUCAAAAGAUAUUAUAAAAAUAUAACUUAUGACUUUAUUAAUUAAUUAUUUUAAUUUCAAUCUAUAAAAUUAGAAUCUAAUUUUAAUUAAUUAAUUGCUUUUGUUGAUACAAAUUUUGCUAUAUCAUGUCUCAGUAA